CAGCAGCAGACGGUGCUGGUGAUGAAUACAUGACAAUGGAUGCUGAUCAAUGGAUGGAACAUGACGACACUUAUGAAAACGGAGAUACACUUGAUCCUGAUAUAAGACAGAAGAGAGAACAGAAGAAAGAUGAGUUUCAUAAAGGGAAAGUUGCGACUGGGAGAACGCUGCCAAAUAUCCCAAACUUAAACACGGCACAAUGCCACAUCCACCCGCUACCCAACAGGUAUGCCACUAUCAGACGGCCUCCAAAGAAUGCAAACAGAGGACAAGGAGUGAAACAACCACCUCAUUUAGAUUGUUUCAGGUAUACCACAGCGUGUUUGGGGUUGGUGUGUAUUCUUUUACUCGGAGUGCUGCUGGGUCUGAGCUUCUACUAUGAGAGAUUAUCUCUGUUUUCUAAGAGAUUGACUGAAGAAGUAGGGGAACUACAAGUCCAAAACAGUCACUUGGAAGAUGAAAUAAGAAUUCUGAAAAACAUCUCCAGAUCAGUCUACCAGGUUUCCAGCUACGGAUAUAAUGAUUGUUCAACUGGGCUGAACCUGUUCGUACUAAAUUAUGAAGUGCUUGAGAAACAGAUGGAAGGGAAUUUCUAUCUGAGUCGCAGGAACUUGACAACUGACAACUGCAGCCUACAGUCCUUCUGCAACUGCACUCCUGAAUCUACCUGGAGCUGGUACAACCAGGAUUGAGGCCAGAUCAGGUCAUAUGUCCAUGACCAUGUGAAAAUUUGGGUUUUAUUUCUUAGACUGAAAUGUCUGUCACUCAUUCCGGGGAAAUAGACGAUUUGUCUAUAUGCUGUAUACACACACAUGUCCAAACUCCAUACAGGGCAGUUUAAAGAAGUCCACUCGUAAAUUUUAUUAUCAAUAUUUAGUGUGCAUUUCCUGUUUAUCCGAAGCCAAGCUUUUGAAUUUUUCUCUGUCCUCUGUCUCUUCUGAUGAAAUGUUAGAGGGAAAGACGUACACACAAAACUGUCAUGUCAUCAAUAAGUUGAUAAUGUUCACAAGAACCUUCAUGCCCAUAGCAACGAUCGCUGAUGCAAUGUUGAUGCAGCAACAAACUUUUAAAACAUGUAAUGCCAAUGUUUAGACAUCAGUGGAAACUGAUGAAACAUGUGCACAGGUGAUUGUGUUGUUUCACCUUGUUUGUGCUCUCCCAUUAAUUUUCACGUCACAGAAACACAGAAACAAGAGGACACAGGCAGCAUCGCCACAUGAACGCAUGUAAACACGCACACACACACCCACACCCUGACACUAUGGAUUUCCAUUCAGCCAUGCAGGCAACAGGAAGAGGAAACACUGCAUCCUGUGGAAGAAUGGGUGGAGGGGGCGGUGGUCACUCUGAGUGUAACACACUGUGUGUGUGUGUGUGUGUGUGUGUGUGUGUAUACAUACUAUGAAUAUAUGUGUGAGUUUAUACUGCAGUUCCAUCUGUCUUUUCUACUACUGUUGUCUCAGGGUUUAUUGGUUUAUCUCAGCCAGGAGUGUUGACACAACUGGCUUUGGGCGGUCACUGAAGCUUCCCCGGGGCCCUCAUGUUGACAACACUCAUUGCACAUGGUUCCUAACACCAGUGAUUUGUGACACUGUGAGUGGGAGGAUUUAGGCCAUGGGCCCUGCUCUCCUCGGCAACACUUUUGUCACACUAACAAUAGUUACUUUAUGACGGUGAAGUGAAAUAUCUGUGAUUUAACACAUUUUCCUGUGUAACAGUUGGGUCGUUUUGUCCAAAUAAGAGGUAAUGGGCUGAAAAUAUAUAUACAUAGUGUAUUAGUUUUGAGAGGUUGGAAGCCUAUUUCAAUCAAAAACAAUUUUGCUGACACAAGUCCAACCUGUACAUCCUUGAUGGACAUGAACUAGGCGUUUGGUU